ACACCGCAAAAUUACCGGAACAAUAAUUAAUAAUUAAAUAAAUUACGACAGAAUGCAGUGAACCGCCAAUGUACACCUCUCGUUGUUCCCCGAAUAUCUCCCGACCUGGGACUCCUAAAAUUAUGAGUUUGAGUUCAUUCGAAAGCCAGAAAAUUUUCCUAUCAGAACCUACACAGAAGCCCAUUUUGCCCCGGUGGUUAUUGAGAUACAGGCGAUGCAAAUAUCCACUCGUCAAAUGAUCCACUUCAAAUUUUCCUGAACUCCAUUAUUUUUUUUUCUCACGAACCACCGGGGCAAAAUGGAUUGUGGUGGGGUUCUGAGAUAGGAAAUUUCCCUGGCUUUCGAAUGAAAGUAUUUUCAUUGGCCUAAGUGUCACAAGUCCUGAGAAAAUCGGGUUUAAGCGAUGAAAAUGCAAUUGUUUGAAUUUCGAAAAUCGUGAUUAUUUCGAAAUUCGAGGUUUUUACGCGAAAAUUUUGUGCAGAUGAACGAAACGGAAGACGAUUUAACAGAGAAACGGCUAAAGGUCGUCCUGGUCGGAGACUCUGGUGCUGGAAAGACCAGCAUUGCAGUUAAAUUCUGUUAUGACGAAUUCACCAGGCAAUAUACACCGACGGCUGGAGUUGACUUUUUUAUGAAGAAUUUGAGCCUCGGACCCUUUAAAAAUGUUACUCUUCAUAUUUGGGAUGUGGGAGGACUUGCACUGAGGGGGGCAAUGUUGGACAAGUACUUAUACGCCGCUGACUUGAUUAUUUUCGUUUACGAUGUGACAAAUUCAUCGAGUUUCGACGUUAUGGAGGAGUGGAUGACGGCGGUAACAGCAAUAACUGAGAGAACAUUUCGAAAAAGUCCUUUGAUUGUAAUUGUUGGUAAUAAAUGCGACAUGGAGCAUCAGAGAACAGUAAAACGAGAGAGAUCUCAUCGUUACGCUGCAGAAAAAGGAAUUAUCUAUCACGACAUGUCUGCGAGGACUGGAGAAUCAGUAUCAUUGUCAAUCGCCAAUCUCUCUGCCAAAGUAUUGGGUGUCCAAUUGACAAGAAUGGACCAAGAAUUUCACAAACCAAUCGUAACAGCAGAAAUAGGAGACACUGUCGAUGUUACAACAAUUAAAAAAAUUGUAAAACGACAGCCGCACAGAAAAUCAUAUCCGAACAAUAAUUAUCCCACCCUUCCAUUAUCGAAGUCGAGUGUCUGCUCGUUACAAUGAGAUAAAUCGAAGAGUUAUUUUGUAAAUGAAUUUUAACAAUUGAAACACCGGAGAUAUUUUACUGGCGUCUGACGCCAGAAAUUGGAGAAUAUCUCGAGAGCUAGGGGAGACGGAAAAAUUUUUGUUGGAACUUUUUUGUAGCUCUUGAAAUUUACAACAGGAAAGGGUUAAUAAUUAUUUUUCUAUCUUCGAUAGGUUUUGAGAUAUUUAGUAAGAACUGGUGGAAAUUUUGAAAUCGGAAAUUUCUGCGCUGAAUCGAUGGAGUUACGCCCUUGAUACCUUGAAUUUGAUACUGAUUACUUCGAAUAAUUGAGACCAGAAUACAGAAGUAUUAAUAAACAU